AUGAGAAUCUUUACACCACUCCUCAGCUUUCUGGCCUCUGUCGCCGUUGCGCAGACGCCAGCUCCGUCCGGCAUCACUUUCAACACCCUUUUUCAUACCAGCGGAUUCUUCUUCGGCCUUGCACUUCCCAUGAACAGCACUGGAAACUCGGACUUGAUCGCGACUAUCGGUGGCAAAGGGACAAGAUGGAGUGGAGUUAGCCUUGCGGGUAGCAUGAUUAAUAAACUAUUGAUCGUGGCGUGGCCCAAUGCGCAAACGAUCGUUAGAAGCUUCAGAAUGACCGCCACGCACAGCUCUCCCGCAGUAACUACUGGAACUUUUGCCCAAGGUGCUAUUGCGAAUGGAACAUACGUUAACAGUACUCAUUGGACGUAUACCUUCCUAUGCUCCAAUUGUAUUCAGAACGACGGCACCACAUUUAUAAACUCUGAUACUGCUCCUUUUAUACGAUACGCUUUAGAUGCGGAUCCGCCCAUUGACAAGGCCGACCCUAAAUCAAGCUUCUCAAAGCACUCUACCCGCAGUCUUGCUGUAUUUGAAUUGGACAAGGCGAGGAGCCCAACUUUGAGACCUGGAAGGGUUAUGCGGAUAUGCAUACAGCCAUAA